UAUCACUCCUAUAACCAAACUCUGGUUCGUGGAUUACACUCCCUGAAUCCGUUCCAAUUCCUCAAAAAUUAAAGGCCAUCGUCUCCCAAUCGAUUCUCUCGUUCGAUCCAAUCUUAAAAAACAAAGAAAAAGGUUCUGCUCGUGAUUCAAGAAUCGAUCACCAUGACCUAGCUUUGCGAUUUGUGUAGUGCUGCAUGAAGUGCUUGGAGGUGGCUCAGAAGCUCUGCAGUGACUCGUCAAACCAACAAACUAUUCCUCGAGGUAAUACACAAACCAAUCUCGAACUCGAUCUCAAUCCGUGGAACCAUCCUCUUGUGCAUGCCAUGGAUGAGCAGAAGCACGAGCAGUAGCAACACUCCCCAACCACAACAUUCUCUCUCCCACCACUAAUCCUCCUCCUUUACUCCUCUCCUGCUUCAUAUAUAUCCACGCUUGCAUGCCUUCUCCAAACUCGGCCUUUUGAUUUCUUUUGGUGUUCGGAAUCGCUGAUCUCUUGUCGGCGAGUUUGCUGAGUUCUCGGUGAUGGGACCGGUGAGGGGGUCGAGGCGGAGGAAGAGGGCCGACAAGAGCGCGGCGGCGGCGGCUGGAGUCCAGGGAAGCGGCGACUGGUGGGUUGACUUCUCGGCGAGGAUUGCAGGGCACUUGUCCAUACCAGAAGAACCAAUAAACUUUGAGUCAAUUUUCAAGGUAUCAAGGAAGACGUUCGACUACAUAUGCUCAUUGGUCAGGGAUGAGCUCAUGGCAAAAGUAUCACAUUUAGCUUUUUCAGAUGGAAAAAUAUUAUCUGUGGAAGAUCAAGUUGCCGUCGCUUUGAGAAGAUUAAACUCUGGGGAGUCUCUAUUAAAUAUCGGAGUAUCGUUUGGGAUAAAUCACUCAACUGUUUCCCAGGUGACAUGGCGGUUUGUGGAAGCCAUGGAAGAGAGAGGGAUCCAACAUCUCAAAUGGCCCAACUGCCAUGAAAUAGAAAUUAGUAAGUACAAGUUUCACACACUUUGGGGUUUGCCAAACUGUUGCGGGGCCAUUGACACCACCCAUAUCAUGAUGUGUCUUCCGUCGGUGGACACUUCUAGCAAAGUAUGGAUCGAUCAUGAACGGAAACACAGUAUGAUAUUGCAGGCCAUCAUUGAUCCUGAUAUGAGAUUCCGAGACAUAGUCACUGGUUGGCCUGGGAGCAUGAAUGAACCGCCAGUGUUAUGCAGUUCAGGCUUUUUCAAAAUGUGCGAGAAAGGUACAAGACUGAAUGGUGAGCAAGUGAAGCUUGGCAAUGGCGUAGAAGUGAGGGAGUACAUAAUUGGAGACUCAGGAUUUCCCCUUCUUCCUUGGCUUAUAACUCCGUACCAGGGCAAGGAUCUUUCAAAUGCUGAAAUUGAAUUCAAUAAAAUACAUUUCGCAGCCAGGGGGGUGGCACAAAGGGCAUUGGCAAGGCUGAAAGAUACGUGGAGGAUCAUUCAGGGUGAGAUGUGGAGACCCGAUAAGCAUCGACUGCCAAGAAUAAUCCUCGUUUGCUGCUUGCUGCAUAACAUUGUCAUCGACAUAGAAAAUGAGGUGAGGGAUGAGAUGCCCUUGUUACAAGAACAUGAUACAAGUUACAAGCAACAAUUUUGCGACACAACUGACAAUGAAGGCAUCAUACUAAGAGACAAACUGGCUGAGUAUCUUUCUGGUUGACUGUCACUUUGAAACAAAUACCGAUCUACUUUCAUCCUCAUUUGUCUUGGCAUCAAUUGUAUCAUUCGAGUGAAGCUUUGCAGGUGUUAGUAUUCAUUGAUAUUGAAGAGAGUACAAUUAUUCUGAUCACCAUUGCUCCGUGAAUGCUAUGUAUCAUCUGCUGGAAGCAUCGACUUACGAGUUUUCGUCAAAUAAAGACAUGUUUUCAUUUGCAUUUUAAA